UGUGUUUGUGUCCUGUCGGAAGCAUGAAGUAGCGACCAACAGACAACGGACCGGAGUUUUUAUUUUUUUUGAAUAAUUCUAACUUCGAGCGGGUUUCUUCCCCUGAUUCAAGAUGUCUCGGGGCUCCAUUGAGAUCCCUCUACGGGACACAGAUGAGGUCAUCGAGCUCGACUUCGACCAGCUGCCAGAAGGAGAUGAAGUCAUCAGCAUCCUAAAGCAGGAACACACACAGCUGCACAUCUGGAUUGCUUUGGCGCUGGAGUACUACAAACAGGGCAAAACGGAGGAUUUCGUCAAGCUUUUAGAGGCGGCGCGUAUCGAUGGAAACCUGGACUACAGAGACCAUGAGAAGGACCAGAUGACCUGUCUGGACACGUUGGCAGCUUACUAUGUCCAACAAGCACGGAAAGAGAAAAACAAAGAUGCCAAGAAAGAGCUCAUCACGCAGGCCACCCUGCUCUACACGAUGGCCGACAAGAUCAUCAUGUACGAUCAGAACCAUUUGCUGGGAAGAGCCUGUUUCUGCCUGCUGGAAGGAGACAAGAUGGACCAAGCCGACGCUCAGUUCCACUUUGUCCUCAACCAGUCCACCAACAACAUCCCCGCUUUGCUCGGUAAGGCCUGCAUCUCUUUCAACAAAAAGGAUUACAGAGGAGCGUUGGCGUACUACAAAAAGGCUCUGCGUACAAACCCGGGCUGCCCAGCUGAGGUCAGGCUGGGGAUGGGCCACUGCUUUGUCAAACUCAACAAACUGGAGAAGGCUCGUUUGGCUUUCGGUCGAGCGCUUGAGCUCAAUUCAAAGUGUGUGGGAGCGCUUGUUGGACUGGCGGUUUUGGAGCUCAACAAUAAGGAGGCAGACUCCAUCAAGAACGGAGUGCAGCUCCUGUCGCGGGCCUACACCAUCGACCCCAGCAACCCCAUGGUGCUCAACCACCUCGCCAACCACUUCUUCUUCAAAAAGGACUACAGUAAAGUGCAGCAUCUCGCCCUGCACGCUUUCCACAACACAGAAGUGGAGGCCAUGCAGGCUGAGAGCUGCUACCAGCUGGCUCGCUCAUUUCAUGUGCAGGAGGACUACGACCAAGCGUUUCAGUAUUACUACCAGGCCACUCAGUUUGCCUCGUCCACCUUUGUGCUGCCCUUCUUUGGCCUGGGACAGAUGUAUGUGUACAGAAGAGACAAGGAGAACGCAGCGCAGUGCUUUGAAAAGGUUCUGAAAGCCUACCCCAACAACUAUGAGACUAUGAAGAUCCUGGGUUCCCUCUAUGCAACGUCUGACGAUCAGGAAAAGAGAGAUAUUGCCAAAGGCCACUUGAAAAAGGUAACGGAGCAGUACCCAGAUGAUGUGGAGGCAUGGAUCGAGCUGGCUCAGAUCCUGGAGCAGACCGACAUCCAGGGAGCUCUGUCUGCUUAUGGCACAGCCACCCGCAUCCUGCAGGAGAAGGUGCAGGCCGACGUUCCCCCCGAGAUCCUCAACAACCUGGGGGCUCUGCACUUCAGACUGGGCAACCUGGGGGAAGCUAAGAAAUAUUUUCUAGCAUCUCUGGACCGAGCCAAAGCUGAAGGAGAGCAUGACGAGCAUUACUACAAUGCCAUUUCUGUCACCACCUCCUACAAUCUGGCCCGCCUGUACGAAGCUAUGUGUGAAUUCCACGAAGCUGAGAAACUCUACAAAAACAUCCUCAGGGAGCAUCCUAACUAUGUGGACUGUUAUUUGCGUCUUGGAGCGAUGGCUCGCGACAAAGGAAACUUCUAUGAAGCCUCUGACUGGUUCAAAGAAGCUCUGCAGAUUAAUCAGGACCACCCGGACGCCUGGUCCCUGAUAGGAAACCUUCACUUGGCCAAGCAGGAGUGGGGACCGGGUCAAAAGAAGUUUGAGCGCAUCCUGAAGCAGCCGUCCACGCAGAACGACACCUACUCCAUGCUGGCUCUGGGCAACGUGUGGCUCCAGACUCUGCAUCAGCCCACCAGAGACCGGGAGAAGGAAAAGAGACACCAGGACCGAGCCCUGGCCAUAUACAAACAAGUCCUGCGAAACGAUGCCAAGAACCUCUACGCCGCCAACGGCAUCGGUGCCGUCCUUGCCCACAAGGGUUAUUACAGAGAGGCGCGUGAUGUGUUUGCACAAGUGAGGGAGGCCACAGCCGACAUCAGUGAUGUCUGGUUGAAUCUGGCUCACAUCUACGUGGAGCAGAAGCAGUACAUCAGCGCUGUGCAGAUGUAUGAGAACUGCCUGAAGAAAUUCUACAAAUAUCAGAACACCGAGGUGCUGCUGUACCUCGCAAGAGCCCUCUUCAAAUGUGGGAAACUCCAAGAGUGCAAGCAGAUGCUGCUGAAGGCGCGUCACGUGGCUCCCAGCGACACGGUGCUGAUGUUCAACGUGGCCCUGGUGCUGCAGAGGCUGGCCACGCUGGUGCUGAAAGAUGAGAAGAGCAACUUGAAGGCUGUGCUGAGUGCUGUCAAAGAGCUGGAGCUGGCUCACAGGUAUUUCAGCUACCUCAGCAAGGCUGGAGACAAGAUGAGGUUUGACCUUGCUCUUGCUGCGUCUGAGGCCAGGCAGUGCUCUGACCUGCUGAGUCAGGCCCAGUACCAUGUGGCCAGAGCCAGGAAGCAGGAUGAAGAGGAGAAGGAGCUCCGUGCCAAACAAGAACAGGAGAGGGACCUGCUGCGGCAACAGUUGCAAAAAGAACAGGAGGAAAAGCGGAACAGAGAGGCGGAGGAACAGAAGAAGCUCCUGGAGCAGAGAGCUUUGUACGUGGAGAAGACCAAGAACCUGCUCACCUUCGCAGAGGGAUCAAAGGAAAUGGCCAAAGAAAAGAAGAAGUCAGGAGGUGGCGGUGGCGGAGGAGGACGUCGUAAGAAAGGAGGCGACAUGGAUGAGUUUGUUAAUGACGACUCCGACGAGGACCUGCCGGUGAAGAAGAAGAAGAAGAGGAAGGGGGGCAGCGGCAGCGAGCAGGAGGAGGGCGAGGACGGAGAGAAGAAGAAAAAGAAGAGGAGGAGACCGACUAGAGACGAAGACAGCGAUGAUGAGGAUGGAGCAUCACGACCCAAGAAGCAGCGCAAACCCAAAGAGGGACGCAAAAAGAUCGAAAAGCCCCAGCCUGAGCGAAUGCCGCCGUCACUCAAAGGAAAGAUCAAGUCUAAGGCGAUCAUCUCCUCUUCUGAGUCCUCUUCAGACGAGGAUGGACUGAAAAUAGCUGAGGACAGACAUCAAAGAGACAGCGGUUCAGGGUCUGACGACGAGGGCGGCCACAGGAAGCGCAUUGCGUCCGACAGCGACUCCGAUGGCGGUCGGAACCGCUCGGCCAGCGAGGCGGGCAGCCCCCGGCGCUCCGGAGGCUCCGAGGACGACGAGUCGGGCAGCGACCGUCCGGUGAAGAAGAGGAGGGCGCAGCGGCAGUCCGACUCGGAGCAGUCGGACAACGAGAGCAAGAGGAGUCGGUCGGGAUCGGACGACGAGUCGAGGCCCGGCUCGCCCGUCGCGGCAUCAGAUCGAGGGUCUGACAGGGGAUCUGAACCAGGAUCGGACAACGAGGGCUCGCCACGCCGCUCCGCUUCAGAGCAGGAGGCCUCCAACAACGAGGACGACGACAGCGAUUAAACUGUCAAGUCACUCGCAAAGACUCACGUGAUACCAGGAAAACUCUUCACAUUUUUAUUUUCUAUGAAAGCAGGGAUUUCUGCCUGUUGUAUUAUUUCUAAUUAGUGUAGAAAAAUGUCUGUUUUGUGUGUGAGGGACGGGGGCGCAGCGUUACGGUUACGUCUGUUCACAGAUGCUGCGCUUUAGUUAAACGUAGAUGAAAUGAUUUGAAGUGAAGCAAUGAUGUAAAAAAAACCCAAAUUAUUUUGUAUCUCAGGUGGUCGGAGGAGACGACGACCAACAAACAGGAAGAUACUACAAUGAAUUGUCAAAUAAAAAAACAAAGAAUUGUGUAAGACUGUUAAAUGUGUUCUAGUAAUGUUGAGCCAACAGCUACGACUGCAUCACCUCUAAUAAGCUGGAAGUAAAAAGAAAUUAUAAGA